UUUUUAUUCAGUCAGCUGGGCUGGGUGACAGAUGCAAUGUCCUAUGUCUACAGACAUCGCAUAGUUUUGUGCGCUGGGAGAAUAUGAAAGGCAUCCGCGCUGGUUUAAAUACCGGUUCGGUCUGGUGCCUUCUCAGACUGAUAAGCAGUGUCUUCUUGUUCCGGCCCGUCUGAAGUACUGGUCGUAAUGAUGAACACAGAGUUCGUGCUGUUGCACGAUCGCCGGGAUUUGACCCAGUGCUGUGUUGAGCUGCUUAACAGUGAGUGGCCCAGGAGCCAGGCACUCAGGGAGCGUAAUCUAGAAAAGUCCAGUAAUGACCUGCCAUGUAGUAUUGUGAUGCUGGAGAGAAGCAGAUCAGGCAAGGAGAAAGUUGUGGGCUACUGUAAGAUCAGCAGGGUACUGGGCAUGGCAGACAGCGUUGUGGUGGAGUCAGUUGUGGUGUCUAUAGAGAACAGAGGGCAUGGUCUGGGGAGGAGACUCAUGGAGAACAUGGAGGAUAUAGCAAAGAGAUUUGGUUUCAAGAGGGUGUACCUGUCCACCCAUGAUAAACAGGGCUUUUAUGAACAUCUAGGUUACAAUUACAGCAAGUCUGUGUCAGCAGUCAAACCCUGCUCAGUCAAGAUCAAUGAACGUCUGCUGAAGAAGCUUGAUGCCAGUAUUCUACCCAACUUCAGCAAGACUACCCUGGACCUGCAGCUAAACGGCCCAGCAGUGAACAGUUCUGAAGCACAAAGUGAUGAUGUAUUUUGUGAGGACUCUGUCAAUGGACAGACCAGGGACAAGUUGACUGAUCCUCCCACCAAUGGUGUGAAGGACAUGUCUAUAUCAGCUGCUCAAAUACCCCCUUCCUCUGGAAACAUACCCCCACCUCCUCCACCCCAUGGAAACAUACCCCCUCCUCCACCACCCCCANGGAACAUACUACCCCCUCCACCCCCACCCCCACGAAAUAUCCCCCCUCCACCUUCACAAUAUAUCCCCCCCACAGAAAGUAUACCAGCACCCCCAGGUGCCCCUCGCUACUCGUCCAGCACCCGCCCGUCCCGGCCCCCAGCACCACAGGGCAUCUUCCCCAAGUACAAAAGGUUUCCCAGUGUGGAACAGAAAACAGACUGGAUGAUGAAGGUCCUCCCAGGCACCAGCUGACACAAAAGUACUCACAGCAGAACUUCUGACAUGGCAGUGAUGUUCAAAAAGAUUUGGAAGUGUAACAGAUUCGCAUAAGGCAACUUUAAAGGCAGAUAAGACACGGAUGGUGGACAUUUUGUUUUAGUCAUAUUCAGUGAUGAUAUCCUAUAAUAUGGUCAUCAGACCAGCCCACCACCUUCAAAAAGCUAGUUGGAUACAGAGAUGCUGGGAUGGUACAGUGGGCUUUGUUGGCCACGUUGCAGCAGUUCUUUUGGUUAAAAAUUUCUACAUUGUUAUGAUGUUGUUGCUAUUGUAACUUGUAUCUAUAUACAUAUAACAGUUACAUGUAGUUCUUAAUACAGUUAUAGCCUACACUUCAAGUUCAACAAUCAUGUUGGAAAUUGUUCACAUUGUGAAUGACAAGUGUUCCUUUUCUACCAACAGCACAAAAAUCAUGACCUACUGUAUGACAAAUUUAUAAAAUAUUUUACUAGCCUUGUACAUGCAUUAUACUAGUCUGGAUAUUUGCCUAGUGUGUUUGCUAUAUGUCCUGUCUCAAGACAAUUUUAUACCAGCAGAGACUGUAGAUUACUGACUUAUAACAAAGCUCAAAGGACUUCUA